CCGCAGAAAACUGCCUUUCCAACUUGCCUCGGAGUUCAAACUCAGACUUUAGGGUCCUCAGAGCAGCGCAGCGACCAUGGGUCUGGAGAAGUUCCUCAUCCUCUUGCCAUUGCUUGUCCUGGUGCUUGCGUGGGUCCAGCCUUCCCUGGGCAGGGAAUCUCCCGCCAUGAAGUUUGAGCGCCAGCACAUGGACUCAGCUGGUUCCUCCAGCAGCAGCUCCACCUACUGCAACCAGAUGAUGAAGCGCCGGGAAAUGACAAAGGGGUCGUGCAAGCCUGUGAACACCUUCGUGCACGAACCCCUGGCGGACGUCCAGGCUGUCUGCUCCCAGGAAAACGUCACCUGCAAGAACGGGAAGAAAAACUGCUACAAGAGCAGGUCCGCCCUGACCAUCACCGACUGUCGCCUGAAGGGCAGCUCCAAGUACCCCGAUUGCGACUACCAGACCAGCCACCACCAGAAGCACAUCAUUGUGGCCUGUGAAGGGAGCCCUUACGUGCCAGUCCACUUCGAUGCUUCUGUAUAGGGCUCUGCCUAGGCCAAACAGUAGAUGUCCCUGUCUCCCAACCUCAUCGUAUCAACGCCUGCCUCUCCCCUCUUUCAUUCUUUUCCAGGUAGAAAUAACUUGUGUUAGGGCUUCCAUAUGACAGAACGCGGUUCCCUGCCGUGUGCGCCGCGGUCCUGGGUCCCUCCAUAUGACAGAACGCGGUUCCCUGCCGUGUGUGCCGCGGUCCUGGGUCCCUCUCUGGCCCUUCGAUUUCCGGCCUUUCGAUGUUGAGACAGCCCUCACCAGACUGUGUCCCUUCAACCUUUGACUUCCUUGACUUCAGAACCACGAACCAAAUAAA